AUGUUCCCCCCACCGGUGGGCAACCUAAACAUUGAGGCCCUGAGUGGCAUCUGUGGUUCAAUCUCUCUUGUCUGCUGGGUGGUGGUUUUCUCUCCACAGAUCAUUGAGAACUUCCGACGUGGCUCUGCAGAUGGUCUCUCACUUCUUUUCCUCGUCGUCUGGUUGGCUGGCGAUGUCUUCAAUAUCCUUGGAGCUGUCAUGCAGGGCGUUCUGCCUACUAUGAUUAUCUUGGCAGUCUACUACACCUUGGCAGAUAUUGUUCUGCUUGGACAGUGCUUCUACUACCGAGGCUUUAACCUGAGAGAAGAGUUUUCUUCAUCUCCCACCUCAGAUGCUGGCUCGGGUGCAUUAGGCGAAGGUGCUGACUCUGCGCCGGCACCAACUGAGCAAUCAGCUCUGCUCCCUAAGCCCAAUGGACAUAAUAUCCAGGACUCGCAUGUGGCUACCAAUGGUCAUCAACAACAUGUUGUACCCUCAUUAGCCCAGGAACGACGUCAUUCUGCAACCUCAUUCCGAGAUAUCUUGCACUCCGUCGAUGGAACACAUCUCUCUCCCGCGACGCCUCUCAUUGAUGCAAAUGUAAAUACCGCUGCUCUCGCGCGUCGUCGCCAGCGUCGGAUCUCCAACAUCCAGGCUUUUCUGUUCAACACCACUGCCAUUGCCCUAGUUUGCACUGCAGGCGUGUUAGGCUGGUAUUUCAGCCCGGCCUCGAAGAAACCGAGCUCGGAGCCCGAGCCUCUCACCAUGGAUACAAUGGGUCAGGUGUUCGGAUACCUAUGCGCGGCUCUGUACCUCGGCUCUCGGCUUCCUCAAAUUCUUUUGAACUUCCGGCGCAAAUCUACCGACGGUGUCUCUUUCCUGUUCUUCCUCUUUGCCUGCAUUGGCAAUCUUACUUAUGUGCUGUCUAUCCUGGCAUACUCUCCCGUCUGCCGGGGGACGGAAAGUGUGGAUGUCUCUUCCCAUCAUCACCACCGUCCUAAGUGUGCCCCGGGUGAGACCACUGCUAUUUACGGACGAUAUAUCUUGGUCAAUUUGUCGUGGCUGAUUGGCAGCUUUGGAACAUUGCUGCUAGACGGGGCGAUUUUCGUACAAUUUUUCUUGUACCGCGAUGCCAAGGAUAUUGAUGAACACGAUGAAUGA